AUGGCAACACGGCCGGGCCCUUUGACUGAAUGGCCAUGGCAGUGGAUGGGAAGCUUCAAGUACCUGGUCUUGGCGCCUGCGGCGUUGCACACUGCGCACAGGGUGGUCACCAAGGGGUGGGGGGACAUGAGCCUGGCAUACGCCGCCAUGUUACCAGCUCUGCUUCUGAGGAUGAUCCAUAACCAAAUCUGGAUCAGCUUGUCUCGCCACCAGACCGCACGCAGGAAGCACAUCAUCGUCGACCGUGGACUUGAAUUCGACCAGGUGGACCGGGAGAGUUCCUGGGAUGACCAGAUCAUCUUCAAUGGGCUGUUCUUCUACCUGGCCUACGCAGCCGUCCCGAAUGUCAGUCGCAUGCCGGUGUGGAGAACAGACGGAGCCAUCAUCACCGCCUUGCUUCACAUAGGACCUGUCGAGUUCCUGUACUACUGGUUCCACAGGGCGCUGCACCACCAUUUCCUCUACUCUCGCUACCACUCACACCACCACGCCUCCAUCGUCACAGAGCCCAUAACCUCUGUCAUCCAUCCAUUUGCUGAACACGUGGUUUAUUUCCUGCUAUUUUCGAUCCCCAUGAUGACACCAAUUUUUAUGGGCUGUGGUUCUGUCCUGGCUGUUGUCUUGUACAUCACGUACAUCGACUUCAUGAACAAUAUGGGGCACUGCAAUUUUGAGCUGGUGCCAAAGCGCGUCUUCCAUGUCUUCCCUGCUCUCAAGUACCUCAUGUACACUCCCUCGUUUCAUUCUCUACAUCAUACACAGUUUCGUACAAACUACUCGUUGUUCAUGCCGUUCUAUGACUACAUAUACAACACCAUGGACAACUCAACUGACGAGCUGUAUGAGAGAGCACUGAAAGGAACAGAAGAAACACCAGAUCUUGUCCACUUGACGCAUAUGACCAACUUGCGAUCGACUUAUCAUCUUAGGGUUGGGAUUGCCUCUAUAGCCUCCAGACCAUCGGAAAGCCCUGUAUGGUAUAUGUGGAUGAUAUGGCCAGUGGCAUGGCUGUCAAUGGUACUGGCAUGGGUUUAUGGAUCUUCUGCGUUUGUCGUUGAAAAUCACACACUGAAGAAGUUCAAGAUGCAAACAUGGGCAAUACCAAGAUACAACUUCCAUGCAAAACAACUCAAUGGAGGUGGUGAAUUAUUUACAAAAAAAUAUCCAAAAUUAAGAGUUCGACUUGUUGAUGGAAGUGGCUUAGCAACUGCAGUGGUGCUCAAGAGCAUCCCUUUAGAUACAAAGCAGGUUUUUCUUUGUGGAAGCAGUUCUAAGGUAGCCCACGCCACAGCUACAGCUUUAUGUGAGAGAGGUGUCCAGGUAAUCAUGAACCAAAAGAAGGAAUAUGACAUGCUCAAGUUGCGAGUUCCAGAGAGCAGCACUGGCUAUCUGAAAUUCUCCAGUGAUGAAAUACCCCGGAUCUGGAUAGGAGAUAUCAUAGACGAUAAGCAACAACGGAGGGCACCAAGUGGAACAAUAUUUAUUCCUACAUCACAGUUUCCCCUUAAGAAGACACGCAAGGAUUGCACCUACCUGGGUAGCCCAGCAAUGAAGAUCCCGGAGACAAUGCAGAACGUUCACACCUGUGAGAAUUGGCUUCCAAGAAGGGUGAUGAGCGCAUGGCGCAUUGCCGCGAUAAUACAUGCUCAGGAAGGUUGGAACAUGCAUGAGUGCGGAGAUGAUAUGAUGGACAUCGAAAAGCUUACAGCAGGUGGCGAGAGAUGGAGGAUAUGUCUGUGGAGUGGGGUUCCUGGUGUUGAUCCACACCUCAAGGUGGCGGCAUAUGGCCCGCUGGUGGCCGAGAUAUCAUCAGCUCCUAUGUCAAAGACUAAACAGUCUGUGGAGAAUCAUUUACUAGACUCACAUGCUAAGCAAGAACGUGCCAAUACCCAUUUGCGGUCGAAAUUCAGUGCAGCCCAUGCUUCCUUGGACAUUCUAUUGAACACGGCUAACAUUGACUUGUAA